AUGAAGGCCUUCUACUCUUUCGCUCUCCUCAUCGCAGCUGCUCUCGUCUCUGCCGCACCCGCUGACAAGCCUGCUGGCAAACUCGUUCCCAAGGGUGAAGUUACUGGCGGCCGCGAGUACAUCUACUACAUUGUUCCCUCUGCCGAAGAUGAUGGGGCCUAUUAA